GCGUCAUGGCGGACCAAAACAUCUACUAAUAGGAAUAAGAGUAUUCAAAGAAAAUUGCUACGGUGCAAGUGGCUUUAUAUAUAUUUACAACAUGGAGCAGACCAGAAACGGAGAAGGUGAACUUGAGGAAACACUCCUGAAAGAUUCUGUGAUGCAUGAUAUUGAUGCAUUGCUGGUAAAAUUAAUUGAAUAUGGAGAGGAAAGUAUGUUGAUCACUGCAAACAGGACUACAAUUCAUGUCAUAGGAUCUAGCAAGGGAAAGGGCUUUCUAUCACAAGAUCAGGAUUUGGCAAUGCGGUUUCACAAGUUCUGUUUUGGUGAUUUGAUGGAAACUAGUAUAGACCAGAGUAUGUCUUCAGUAUUGCCUGAGUUGGACAGUGAAGUACAACCUGUCAGCCUAAAUCUGGAUGAUAGCAUUUCUCAGAUGGAUGUCAACAACACAAUGCCUGAGUCUCCUGUUGUCCUUAAACCCAAAAGAAAGAGAGGCAGGCCACUCAAAGUUGCUCGGAAAGCUGGAGAACAGAAACAAGUCAGUGAUGAAGAUACAGGAGAAGAGAAGGACGAAAACAAUAUAGCCGUUGAUAACAGCUCUGAAGAAACAGAGUGUGAAGUUUCCAGAAGUGGGAGAAGAAUUAAGCGGAAGACACUUGAGUCACUUGGAUAUGUAUCACUGGAAAAGAAGAAGAGAAAGAUUAGUGUCAAUUCAGACUUCAGCACAAGUGAUUCUUUCAUGUCCCUCAUCAAACAAUCUCCCCAAACAUGGAAAACUCAAAAUUCAAAUGAAGAGAAACCAGAAAUGGCAAAGUCUGAUAUUGCAGAGAGAGGAGAUGUAAGGAUGGAAGAUAUUGAAGAGGGUACUGAUCUGGAACAAUCUGAAGAAGUAGAGGCGACACUUAAAAAGAAAAAGGGUCACCAUGUCUGCCAGACGUGUGGGGAAAAAUUUAGCACACAGAAUCUGAUAGAGGAUCAUCUGCGAUUACAGCACAAAGAUGUGUGGGCAAAAAUAUUGGAGGAAGAAACAGAUAUUCUGGUAUCUUUAGGUAAAAAACAUCCUGUGUCUGCUGGAACACUGGGAGCUAAUAAAUCAAAACGAGGAAGAAAGAGAGGGGGUUUGUCUAACAAAGCAGAAUCAGAGGAGGGGGAUAUUCUGUAUGACUGCCAGAAAUGUGAAGCUAAGUUUACAAACACAAGGAACUUAGAAAAGCAUGUGUUGCUGAUGCAUGGAGAUGAAACCUCAGCUACAGCCCAGAUGGAUGAGGAAGAACACAAUCUAGAUGAAAAUGAGAUGCAAAGUACUGGAGAAGAUGACCAGGGAACGAAAGUCAUAAAGUCAAAGAAAAAAACUGUAGAUUUUAAUAUGAUGGCAAUCGCGAUGAGAGUUGAUGAGAAAACAUACAAGAAGUAUGAAAACUUUGUUACAGGAUCUGAAUUUAAGUGCUAUACUUGUCAAGAUGUUUUUGAGAGCAUUGCUUCAUUGAUCAAGCACAUGAAACAAACAAAACAUGAUGGUUUGCAGGAAAACGCAAGAGACGGAAAAAGAGAGAUUUUGACAGUUAAAAAGAAAAAGAGCCCACUUAUUUAUAAGUGUAGUAAUUGUAGGGUACAGUACUUCAUAAAGGAAAAUUGUUUACAGCAUAUUGCAGUAAACAAUUGCAGGCCAAUGUGGAAGAAAAGUUGUCCUAUGAAAGACUGUGAUCUAAGUUUUGAUAACAACAACUUUUUCAUGAAUCACAUGAAAACCAUUCAUGGUUCCGAUUAUCCCUUUUUCUGUUCAAGCUGCAACAAAAGUUUCAUGAGGAUCAGAGAAUAUGAGAGCCAUUGUAGUUACCACAAGCGAAUAAACAACAGUCUAUUGAAUCCGGGCCUGCCGGUAAUGUGCAAUGAAUGUGGAUUACGCUUUCCCACUAACUUUGAUGUUAACAAGCACAAGCUAGAGGUUCAUGAAGCCAACAAGAAGUUCAUUUGCGAGACUUGUGGCAGGAAGUUUAGAAGGGAAGACAAUAUGAGGCUCCAUCUCAAAACACAUCAGAAAAGAGAAAAUGAUCCAGAAUUGCAGUGUAAAAUAUGCAAGAAAUAUUUGUCUUCCAAGGAUAGCUUGAAAUUGCAUCAGAAGUUCAUGCACACAGAAGAAAAACCAUGUGUCUGUGAAAUUUGUGGACAUCGAACAAGGCAGAUGGGUAGCUUAAGACACCACAUGAAAGUGAGGCACUCUGAUGAUCGCCCCUACGAGUGUGAGUGGGAGGGAUGUGGCAAGACUUUUAAAAUCUAUCAAGUUUGGCAGUCCCACUCGCAAAGUCAUGCCCUGGCAGUAGAUGAUGUGGAAAAGGCAAAAUCAUAUGGAAGGCUUCAGUAUUGUGAAAUCUGCCAGCGUUACUUCCCUUGCAGGACUGACAUGAACAACCACAUGCUGAUCCACUCCAGUGAUAAAUCUAUUCAAUGUAACAUUUGUCAAGUCACUGUCAAAAGGUAUGGAAGUCUGAAAAGGCAUAUGAUGAAUGUUCACAACAAACUAAUAACUGGAGGACUCUCAGCAAUGAAGAUGCAUGAAGGAUCUUAUCCUCAUCCAAAAUCCAACAAAAAAGUCUUACCUAUUCGAAAACCUAGAGCAUUUCAGAGUCUGCAGGUUCAAGCUAAGGACUCUGUAUUAGACUUGCCAAAGGUAACAGUAUUGAAACAUGAACAAGAGCUUGAACAACCUACAGAACCUGUUGAGGAGUAUCAAACAGAAAGUACUUAUGAAUUACAGCACUCUGAAGCACAGGAAAAACUACUACAGCUUUUGGCAGAUGCUAGCUCAGAUGUCACAAAAUCGGAGGAGCCAAGUUCAACAAAUGCAGCAGAGAGGGACUUCACAACAGAAGCAGAAUCCCAGGCUGAAAUUUUAGAAGCUGUCAAGGAAUAUGAGAUUGAGGAAACUGCAGAUGAAGUGUGUUUGGACAAUGCUGGGGAACAGGUGAUUUAUCUGAACUCUUUACCAAAUGAACUCAUUUCAGCCCAGAAUACAGGUGGAGUGAUAUAUGCUGUAAGAAAUAGUGAUGGGAGCUUGUCUUUGCAGUUAGCACCAGAAAAUAGUUAACAUAUAGGCAAAUAUAUGGCAAAUAAAAAGGGUCCAAAAACAACUUUAUAAUACUCUGUGCAAAUGAAUUUUUCACUUUAUGUGUGUGUGUCU